UGUCUGGUAGUGGCUGUCUAGCAGUAAAGCACUGCACUGUGUACCCCAUUGCCAUAGCCCAUAGUCUCUUCAUCUCAAUCUCAGAUUUCUCAUUCCCAUUCUCAUCAAUUUCCAAACUUUCUGAUCUUACUCCAAAGAAAGACAGAAACUUCAAUCAUGGGGUGCCAUGGUAGCAAGGAAAAAAGACCAGCAACAAGUGGCUAUGGAUCAAUUGAAAGCCAGCAUCAAAGUAACCACACUGUUCAGACUCAAAGUCACACAUCAGAAACAAAGAAUCAGCCACAGGUUCAGCAAGUGCAAGUUCAAGCCACUACCACCACCACCACCACAUCGAAACCUUCUUCACAGAAUGUGAGGCCAUUUCAGAAGUCUGAAGCAACCAUUCUAGGGAAGCCAUUUGAGGACAUCAAGAAGCACUACACACUUGGAAAGGAAUUAGGAAGAGGGCAAUUUGGUGUCACAUAUCUCUGCACUGAGAACUCAACAGGGAGCACUUUGGCAUGCAAAUCAAUCUUGAAGAGGAAGCUUGCUUCAAAAGCUGAUAGGGAUGAUAUGAGGAGGGAGAUUCAGAUCAUGCAGCAUCUUUCGGGGCAGCCAAACAUUGUGGAAUUCAAGGGUGCAUUUGAGGACAGGUACUCUGUGCACCUUGUCAUGGAGCUUUGUGCUGGUGGUGAAUUGUUUGAUAGAAUCAUUGCUCAGGGUCAUUACUCUGAGAGAGCUGCAGCUUCCAUGUGUAGGGCCAUUGUUAAUGUUGUUCAUAUUUGCCACUUUAUGGGUGUGAUGCACCGCGAUUUGAAGCCGGAGAAUUUCUUGCUUUCUAGCAAGGAUGAGGGAGCAACACUUAAGGCCACUGAUUUUGGAUUAUCUGUCUUCAUUGAAGAAGGGAAGGUUUACCGUGAUAUGGUAGGAAGUGCUUACUAUGUUGCCCCUGAGGUAUUGCGUCGUAGUUAUGGAAAGGAAAUAGAUAUCUGGAGUGCAGGCAUCAUGUUGUAUAUUCUCUUGAGUGGUGUACCUCCAUUCUGGGCUGAAACUGAGAAGGGAAUAUUUGAUGCCAUAUUAGAAGGUGUAAUUGACUUUGAAAGUGAACCAUGGCCAUCAAUAUCAAAUAGUGCUAAAGAUCUAGUCAGGAAGAUGCUGACACAGGAUCCAAAGAAGCGGAUCACCUCUGCUGAAGUCCUUGAACAUCCAUGGAUCAGAGAAGGUGGAGAGGCAUCUGAUAAACCAAUUGAUAGUGCUGUCCUGUCUAGAAUGAAACAAUUCAGGGCAAUGAACAAGCUAAAAAAGCUUGCAUUGAAGGUUAUUGCUGAAAGUUUAUCCGAAGAAGAGAUUAAAGGUCUCAAAGCAAUGUUUGCAAAUAUGGACACUGACAACAGUGGCACUAUCACCUAUGAGGAACUGAAGACAGGUUUGGCCCGAAUCGGAUCAAGACUGUCUGAGGCUGAAGUGAAGCAACUUAUGGAUGCUGCUGAUGUUGAUGGGAACGGAUCGAUUGAUUAUAUCGAGUUCAUCUCAGCUACAAUGCAUAGGCACAGACUUGAACGAGAUGAACAACUCUAUAAAGCAUUUCAGUAUUUUGAUAAGGAUGGAAGUGGGUAUAUUACUAGAGAUGAAUUGGAAACUGCUAUGACUCAGCAUGGUAUGGGUGAUGAAGCUACUAUAAAGGAAAUAAUUUCUGAGGUGGAUACAGAUAAUGAUGGAAGAAUAAACUAUGAGGAAUUCUGUGCAAUGAUGAGAAGUGGAACCCCACACCCCGGACAACUACACUAAAUCUCUUGAAUUCAGUCAAUUUCACACCAUUGAUCAAGUGGCUUAACAUGUUAAUUAGAUGUCUCCAGGGUAUGUAUAACUUGGCGCUUUUCGGGUUGAUGAUUUCUAUUGAAGUUCUUUGUAAUCCUGAUCUUCAUGCAAGGUUGGUUGUUUAUCUAUAGCUCUAAAAUCUGUAUUUGUUGAAGUAUUGUUUGGUACGAAUUUAAAUUUGAGCUGUCACAUGCUAUUGUACUGAAGCCGGAAUUUUCAUGUUAAAGUAUCAGUUAUGAUAUCCUAUGAGGAUUUAUCAUUCUGUAUGUUGGCUGAGGAAAGAGCAGCCAAUGAGGCAAGGAAAGUUUGGUUUGCUGAAUCUGUAUGGAAGUACAAGCUUAAAUAUAGUUGUUUAAUUUGAAAUCCUUUCCUGCA